CUCCCUAGCUCCGCCCCCUUCGGGAGCGGAAGUCCCGCCUCCCUCGUAGCCCGGCCCUGACCCGGGCGCGGGGCGCGGCUGCUGACGGUCCCGGGUCAGAGUCCGAGUCCGAGUCCCCAGCCGCGAGCAUGGCUGCCCCAUCUGCAGAGCAGAUUUACAGAGAGGUACAGGAUUAUUAUGGUAAAGAGUUGCAGAAAUCAGAGGAUCUGCAAAGCAAUGCCUGCGUCACCGUGGCUAGGUCUUUGCCCAUGUUCGUAAAGGAGGCUCUGAAGUCUGUCCAUGAUGAUGUAGUGUCAAGGUACUAUGGCUGCGGCCUGGUGAUCCCAGAGUGCCUGGAGACCUGUUGGAUAUUGGAUCUGGGCAGUGGGAGUGGCAGGGACUGCUAUAUGCUGAGUAAACUAGUUGGGGAGAAAGGGCAUGUCACUGGAAUAGACAUGACUGACGCCCAGGUAGAAGUGGCAAAGAAGCACAUUGACUAUCACAUGAAGAAAUUUGGCUACCAGGUGCCUAAUGUGGACUUCAUCCAUGGCUACAUGGAAAAGCUGGGAGAUGCUGGCCUUAAAGACGAGAGUUAUGACAUAGUUAUCUCAAACUGCGUGAUUAACCUCUCGCCUGAUAAGAGAGCAGUUCUGCAGGAGGCCUAUCGAGUGCUAAAGGCUGGCGGGGAGAUGUAUUUCAGCGAUGUCUAUGCCAGCCAUGACCUGCCAGAGGACAUCAGGAAACACAGGGUCCUCUGGGGCGAGUGCCUGGGAGGAGCCCUGUGGUGGAAGGACCUCUACAGAAUUGCUGAGGAAGUUGGAUUCUGCCCACCGCGGUUGGUGACCGCCAGCCGAAUAACCAUCAAUAACAAGGAACUGGAGAGCAUUGUUGGUGACUGUCGGUUUGUCUCUGCGACUUUCCGUCUCUUCAAAGUACCCAAGAAAGGCCCAGCCGAGCAGUGUCAGGUUAUUUACAACGGCGGGAUCACUGGACAUGAGAAAGAGCUGGAGUUUGAUGCCAAUUUCACAUUCAAGGAAGGGGACGUUGUGGAAGUGGAUGCAGAAACCGCAGCCAUUUUACGGAGCUCUAGGUUUGCUGAGGAGUUCCUGAUCCGACUGGCUGCAGGGAGGGCGCCGGCACCUGGGGGCUGUUGUCCUGCCAAACCAAAGAUAGCUCUAGACAUUAAGAUGACUUUUUCCUGAUGGGCCAUCUGAGGAGAGGGAUUACUGGAAGAUGGGAGUUCUGGCUUCUCCACCCGGCUCUGCUGCUGACCCGCAUUGUGGCCUUGGACAAGUUACAUUCUUUUCUCUACGCCUUUGUUUCCAGACCUCAGAGGAGGUUGUGGUUGAAUUAGCUGAGACCCUCUGUUGGAGGGUGCUGUGGACAUCAAAGAAUGACUUCUCUCUGGCAGACCUGGCUCAGAGAAGGCAUCUUUUCUGAAUCCAGAAUUCAGUGCUGGGGAAAAGUAUCAGCCUGGCAGCCCUGAUCUCUGCUGUUCUCCACUGAGCAGGUCCAGCACAGACUUCAGUGUGUCAAUGCUUGACUUGAAGCAGCCCUUCUAGGGGCUGAAGGGAUUUUUUCCAAGGUUCAUUCCCUCCUUGGCCUCUCCACUGAGCCUGCCAGCACAGGGACUGCUUGGGAAGGCAGGUGGUUUGCCCAGAAGCAGACGUGUCCUCCCUGUACAGCCUGGGGAGUGCAGUAGCGACUCUUAAGAAAACACAGCCUAAGCCCGUCCGCCAUCCAUGGCCUUGGUGGGGGGGUGCUGGUAUUACUCCUCCUUUGAUCGAAUCUGAGCUCCAGCCAGCCUAAAUAAGGUGCUGUGAUUCGACUUAAAGCGUCUGCCUCUGUGGCCAUGCCUGGUGGGAUGGGCAGAGAGCUCUUGGCAUGUGUGUAACGCGGGACUGGGAAUCCUCUUUGCUUUGGCAGGAGCAGAGGGUUCCUGUGAGCAGAGAGGAGCUGCUUCCUGCUGAGCAGCACUCAGUCCUCGCUGUUCUGCCACUCCCAUUGAAUGUGCAAACAGUGUUACCGCUUCUUUGCUGAAUUGCAUUGUUGAUGCUCCCUGGAACUAGAGUAAACACAGCCCCCAGGGGCCCUUCAGGGAGUUAACCCAGUGAUGAAUUGGGCUCAGAGGGAAGGAGAUUAUCUCUUGCUGUAGGAAGAGAUGCUUGUGACACAGCCCAGGGAGCUCUUCUCUCUGUUAGUGUGGACCCUAUGAUCUAGCCUAGUGGUAAGGGGUGCUGUUGCUGGGGGUGCUGUCCUUCCUAACCUAUCCAUACCCCAUUUCCCAAUGCCAAAACUUGGUGCUAGGGGGUGCUCUGCUGCUGGAGAUGCUAAUAAACCCGAGGUCCCGACCAACAAUGCUUCACAGAAGCCAAGACAUUUUUCACAAGUACUAGGGUGUUAACCUCUGGCUGGUGGGUUAAUCACAGUCUGCCUUGCAAAAUUCCCCCUGUAAUUUCAGUUGGCUACAGCAUUCACUUCCUGUCCUAAACUAUAAUCUAGUGCUUUUGCAUAUCUGCCCCUUCCCUCCUGAUCAGAGGUGGCUGAACUGCUCCAUGCAUAUCAUCUGUAUCAGCUGCAGUUUGUAAAGCACUUUGGGAUCCAUUUCAGCUAAAGCAGCUCUACAAACCGUAAGAUCCUCAAGUGUUUGAAUAUGCCAUUAAAGCCUGAAGAGUUGUUAAUGAAAGAGGUUUAAGUACAGGAAUUAAGACUGUGAUGCCAUCGUGGGAUCCUUAAGGAGAAAUGCUUAGGAGUGUGUGGAAUUGGGAUGCUUUGCCAGGUGCUAAUGCACGUCUCUGAGCUGUGGGGAGGGGGAAAUCAGAGUGCUGAUCUGGAGUGAGGGAAGCCCUGUGCUGUCAGAUUGGUCAUGGGAAGCCCAGGGCAGCAUAAGGAGACUUUUCUGGAGCUCUGACUUGCGGGAGGGAGCUGAGAGGCCAAUUCCCCAGUAACACAUGGCCCCAUGUAAGAGGCUGUUGUUAAUUUAGGGUUAGCCUGUGCUGUUUUUUGCUGCAUGUCUUCCAUUCCUGAAGGCCAGCUCGCUGCCCAACCCACACCCCAUGCAGAUGCAUAUCCAGCUUGCUCGAUGGGAGUUUGACCCUAGCCUGCCAACCCUGACUCCACAGCUCAGAGCUGCUUUAUCUGCUGAAAACUGUUCUCCUCCUGUCACCUUCCACUCAGCCUGCAGAUGUCUGAGUCCUUAGACCUGCCACGAGUCCGUGAAAUGGGAAUAAUUGAUAGGGGAAGACGAUAAAUCCAAGCGGCUGUGUGUCCUCGAAGUGUGGCCUUGUGUGUGCUGGGGGAGGGGAGAACGUUCUUGUCUUUCCCCAAGCAGGAGAUGGUUUUCAGAUGAAGGGCUGUACUGGAGAGAGGUUUGCAGUGAUGUUCUGUAGGCUCCUUCCUCCCUAUAACAACCUGCCACUGGGCUCUUAGAGCAAAGGGGUCCAUUUGCCAGCAGAGCAGGGCCCUGAGGUUCCCCUGCUGUAACAGGGAACCUUGCUGUCAGCGUGGAGUGCGAUGCAUCAUGACAGUCACCUUGGAGUCAGCUGUGUGGCCCUCUAGGCACAGCCCCUCAGGCUGCUGUAAAGCUUAGCAGGAGCUGGAGCUGGCUCCCGCAGUUCUCUGGCGUUACAGAAAAGCUUGUUCGACUUGAAGGAGGAGAAGUGAGUUAAAGGAAAUGAGAUCUGGGGGGAGGGAAGUGUUCUGACUUUACCGUGGUAGGGGCCACAAAAGAACCCGGUCAGAGCACGUCAAGGAGGAAGGGAGGACAGUUAAGUUGAGGGUCUGAUGGGAAAUGUGUGGGGCUGUAUCUUUUAUUGCCAUCCUCUGGACUCUGUUCCUUGGAUUGGGUUUGCCCUGUAGCAUUUUGGGAAUUCCUGAGCUUUCCCAUCUUCCCCCGCGUGUUCCGCUCCCAGGUGGUACAGGAGCUCCCUUACAGCCACGUUUUCCCCCGUUAAGAAUAGAAAAAUCCUGUAUCCAGUCUUUAGUCCUGCAUCCUGCUGCAGAGAGGAAUGUGAAUCCCCUCCCUUGCCACCUGCAACGCUGGUAGGGGAGAUUUUCCCAAUCCUCCACAGGUGAUCAACCUAUGCCCUGGUGUAGGAGGCUGCUUUCCAACUUGCAUAGUUACCAGGGUUAGUGGUCAUAAAAUAAUCAGCCCCUUAGAGUCAUGUGGCAGGGAGUUCUGUUGGCAGCCUAUGUACUGCAGAAAGAAGCGUUUCCCUUUGUAUGCUUUAAAGAGUGUCAUGGUUUUAAACAAAGCCCCUGUGCCUAAAUGGCAGUUGAUACCUUGGAGCGAUACAUCUGACAUUGGAAUGUGCUUUUCACCGCUGAUUCUGCUGCAGGCAUAUUUGGCAUUUUUCUUGACUUGGAUGGUGAAUGUAUCCCAGACUGGUCGCUUGGGUUUUCGUGUCUGAGCCUCCACUGUUGUAAAUCAGCAAGAGCUGGAGUCAGGUGAUUUACCGCGGCUGACCAGCCGGCCUUCCCUCUCUAGUCGGUUUCACGUUCAGGUCCUCAUGCCCAGUGGUUGGGUUGCAGACACUGAAACGGAAAAUGCUAGGUUUGUUUUAAAAUCACUGAUUCUGUUCUUAAUUUCACUGAACAUUUCUAUUAGUGGUGUCACCUCUCUUUCCCUACUGUGUUCUCCAUUCAAAUGUCUGGAAUCCAGAAUUUACAAGUGUAAGCAGAGUCUGAAUGAGCUCUCCCCUCACAUCUAGUGGUGAGCUGUGGAAAACUACUUCAGGAGCUGAUCUCGUUUGCAUGGUCACACCCACUCUGCCUAGGUGCUCAGCAUGAUGGGAUUGCUUGCCCAAAUGAUCACUUGUGGCUGGUGUUGAAUCCCCAGUCUUGUUGUUGGGGCGGGAAUAAUAAAGCGGUGUUAUCCCUGUUGGGUGAACUGAGGGUAGCAGAACUGUACUUGGCACACCCCAGUGGAGGACUCGCGCUCAGCUGAACGGCAGUCGCUAGGCAGGGCGCAUGGGUCCCAAUGCGUUGGGAGAGGGUGGGGACAGGUACUUGUACCUGGUGGUGUGAGCCCUGUUUAAGGGCCCUAGACACCCUUUGACCCUUCCUCUCUCCACCGUAUAAUAAGAGCUAAUUUAGGCUCCAUUGAGAGUCUUGUCACACGCCGAAGAGCUGAAAUCACUGAUGCCUAGGUCUAAGUAUUAGACCUGCCUUGGGACAGUGUCUGUACUGCAAGAGACUGCCCAGUGUGCACCAGCAGUGAGGCUGUCCCCACUGACUGCUGAAAUCACUGAGAGCCGUGUUAAGUGGGGGGCCCUGAAGACAUCUUGGCGAGUGGGAGGCUGGCGGGAGAGGCGCAGCCAGCAGGAGAGGGUCAGAGCAGAGCCCCACAGAGAGGUGCAGCAAUUGGCCGUUGGGGCGACAAGCAAGUGCCCGAGCAGGGGAGUGUGUAAGGUGCCUCCUAACCUGCUGCUUCCACCCAGGGUGGGAAGUGAACUCUGCGGAUAAACCUCUGAACUCGGGCUGCACUGGCCAAGGACAGCAACGGUGAGUGGGGUGCAGAGAAGAGACUGGCAUGUUAAAGGGACUUUUGGGUUGCUGGACUUCAGAACCUGAAGGGAAAAGGACCCUGCCCAACUUAUUUGAGGGUGGGUCUUUUUACUCAUGGUUUAUGUUUAUGAACCCUAGUUGCAAGAUUUUCCCAAUUUAAUGCUGCUACUUCCCUUCUUUUAUUAAAAAGUUUUGCUACAU